AUGAUACCGUCCAAUAGUCUCGGAUACAGAGAUCAGCCCGAAUCCAGUAGCCGGAUUCGGCUGGAGCCCUCAACUUCUGCUCCGCCAGUUGUAAGAGAUUCAGCUUUGUAUUUAAUGAGUUAAUUAGGCUUUAUGAUAAUUUUUGAUAUAAUAUUGGAUAUUAUAAUAUGUAAAACAUUAUAAACUACUAAUAAUUGGCUUUUAAAGUCUGUCAAACAAGUUAUUGUAGUCCCAGAUCAAGUUAUUAUUUUUUCAAAAGAAUCUAAUAAUCAAAAAUAGACGGAAAGGCUUAGAUUUAUAUCAACUAUAAAUUGUUAACAGUCAGAAUUUGUAAAUUGUAGCAUCCCGGACAUCACCGUGAUAAGUUAGACUUGAUCAGAGAUUCCCUGAGGCCGUUUGAGCAGAAUGACUACUCGAAUACGGUUAACAAUAACACCUACAAUGUGAUAGACGACACUACCUACCCGGUCUUUCUCGAGAAGCUUGACAGUAAUCAGAGGAUCAUGAUGAAUGCCUUGACUCAAGGUGGAUACGAUCAGGUAUGACUUUAUUCUAUCAUUCUCACGUUCAGAUCAAUGUUAUUAUUUUGAUUAGUCUUUUGUUUCACGGAAGAAAAAAAAUAUUAAAAAUCAAGAUACUAUGUAACAUACCAACCUUUACAGGAAGCAGCUUACUACGCGUUGAAGCUAGUUAACUUCAGAAGUGUGACUGACGCCGCCAAAGUGUUAACCGACCUAAAACAAGUAAAAAACCUUUUUUUUGUAAAUUCUGUGUUUAGAAAAUAUCGUUGACUGGAGUAGCUCCGUCCACUUUCUUUCCUCAGACCAAAAGCACAUCGCCGUAUCUUCUAACCAACACAAGGAGUCUUCCAGCCAACGAUACCUCUUUCUGUGUCAAUGGGUUUGAGCCUUUUGGAUACGAAAGGAAUCAGAAUCACAUCAUACGACCGGAGACUAGUUACAGGACAGAAACGUAUGUUAGUUUAACUAUAAUGCACAAUUAUAUAUAACAUAUUUUUAUUUUUUUUGAUGAAGUUAUUAUCAACUUUAGUGACUACCCUAACAUAUACGCUGACGAUGAGACAGUAAUCAGAAUCAGAGACUCUGCUUCAGUUCCAGUAAUACGGUCGAGGUUGAGUAGACCCAACGUGUAUGUACCUCCCAACUACGAGCAUCGUAUCUCGGCCCCAGCAUCGUACAAGAACCAGACUGAUGUUCAGAUGAUGACAGCAUCUACCUCGAAGCUCAAGGUGACGGAGAACGACAGAAAAAGGUCCGUCUCUCCGUUGCCGCCUUCUGUAGCACAAAAGCUGCGGAAUAACACAUACGAGAAGAUGGUAAAGGGAUGUAAGGCUGCCAUGUUCAGGUUCUUCAUGGAGCAACACACGGAGAAGCUGAUACAACAGUGGAAGGAACGGAAUCAGAGGGCACUUCAGGUAGGUUAACGUUUUGAUUGACUACAUUAUACAAUAGAACAUCAUAGUUUAAGUUUUUAGAUAAACUAUUUUCAUUUGUUACGUUGGGAAGCAAUUUGAAUCCAUUCUUUCAGCUAGCCAAAGACAUGGAAGCGGUCAACUUCUCGGAGAACAUGAGGGAUAAGAUGGUCAAGUUUCUACGUCAGAAGGAAUCCAGAUACAUCAGACUGCGACGGCAGAAGAUGAACAAAGGCAUGUUCGAGUUGAUACGCCAUAUUGGAGUAGGUGCCUUCGGAAAGGUGACCUUAGUCAAGAAUGUAUGUUUUUGCACGAAAAGUUUGUAGAAGCUUUCGUAAUGUUACAGUAGUCUCUACUAUCACAUUUCGUCGAAUGUGCAUUACUAUAAGACGUUCUAUUCACUUUUCGACCAUUUUUAGAGAGAAACCGGUGAAGUGUACGCGAUGAAGACGCUGUCGAAGGAAGAUGUGAUUCAGAAGCAACAAGCUGCUCACGUCAAGGCCGAGCGGGAUAUUUUGGCAGAAGCCAACAGUGAUUGGAUCGUCAAGUUGUUCUUCUCCUUCCAGGACUCCCACAACCUCUACUUCAUCAUGGAGUACGUGCCCGGAGGGGAUCUGAUGCAGCUUCUGAUUAUGAAGGGUGUGUUCACGGAAUCUUUGGCACGGUAAGUUUUGUAUUUUUUUUGAAGAUUUAGGUACAUGUGUUACUGUAAGGCAUUCACGAUAUUCUUAAUGCUUAUGAUAUUACUGUCUGUAAAUGUGUUUUAUGGUAUUACUAUGUAUUCAUGUGUUUAUGAUGUUUUAUUUCAAUGUAUUUGUUGGUUUCAGUACGUACACGGCGGAAUUGACAUGUGCUUUAGAGUACGUUCAUGGAUUGGGUUUCAUCCACCGUGAUAUCAAACCAGAUAACAUACUGAUUGAUAAGGAAGGACACAUAAAACUGACUGACUUUGGUCUGUGUACCGGUUUACGGUGGACUCAUGACAAACGGUAGGCUUUGUUUACUACUGUAAUAAUAAUUUUUUGAAAAUUUUGUGUGGUAAUCUACUUUAGAAUAUUUAGCUAUACAGCGCCUUAUUACCCAUUGAGCAUUUACAUUUUGUGACCUAAACUCUUUUGAUCAUCUCGUCGUUAUGUUAAUUUUAUGAUAAUUAGCUAUUUCCCUUGUUUGUAGACACUACGUAAGCUACGAUGAACCCAGUAGCAUGGGCCACUUCCGUGACGACUCCACCAACUCGCUACACAAUCCGUCGCUCGGGAGGCAGAAGCCUAAACUACUAGAAUAUAGACAGCGGAAGAAGAGGAACCAGGCCAACUCCAUGGUGGGCACAGGCAACUACAUGGCUCCAGAAGUCAUUGAGAGGACGGGGCAUACUCAGUUGUGUGACUGGUGGUCGGUCGGAGUCAUCCUGUACGAGAUGGUGUACGGUAGACCACCGUUCCUGUCAGAAUCUGAUAAUCCUAUGGAUACGCAACACAUGGUGAGGCUCUUACUGUAGUAAUUUAAUGUUGACAUUAUGUAACACUGUUUGCUUUAUGAAAAAAAAUUUACAUCAAUUUGGUUACUGAAUAUGAAUUUGUAGUAGACAACGUCAUAGCAACUUAAUUAGCAUUGCUUACAGUCAUCCUAACUUUCAGAUAGUGAACUGGAAACGUUACCUAGACCUGCGUAACCCAAGACUGAGCCGGGAAUGUGUAGAUCUGAUCGCGUGGCUCUGUUGUGAUCAGAGCGAUCGCCUCGGGAAGAACGGAGCGGCUGAGGUCAAAGCUCACCCCUGGUUCAAAGGCGUCUUGAUCGUAAGUAAUUACUAGCUAAGCGGACCCUAUUACUCUGUUUGUGUUUGAACAACUAGCUUUCAGAAUGGCGUCGUUAUGAAUCCGGUCGAUUUCCACCGCCUGAGAGAGACUCGACCUGAGUUCGUGCCUCGAGUCGAGCACGCUGAAGACACUUCCAACUUCGACACCUUCGAAGUGAAUUCGGAUGAGAUCUUCAGAGAGAACGGGACCGAGGGAACCGCCUACAACCCGGCCUUCUUCGACUUCACCUUCAGACACUUCUUUGCCAGUGACGGUAUGAACAAGCUGCUUCACCCGACCAGUCGCUCGCAACAACGCCCUAGUCUAGCCAAUAUUAUCCAUUCCCCAAACAAAAAUGCCGAACCAGGCCAGUCCGAGAGGAUGGUCAGUCAGCCUCUCCACCCCAUCUUUAACAAACCCUUGAGGAACGGGCCCAGCUCUCAGCAGACGGCCCUAUACUCAACUUAUAUGAGUUCUAGUUCUUCCAACAUGACACGUGCUGUUCCACAGUACGAUACUCUACAAGAGGCGGACGAAGACGAUGCUACGGGACACUAA